UUUGAGUUGGACAAAAAUACCCCAAUAACUAUUAAUUAAUUAGAAGGGUAUAGAAGGGUAGUGAUGUCAUUGUAACUGUUUUUUUAGCGCGCCCCCCAUAGCUCUUCUUUUCGCGCCCCCCAUUUUUACAGAACACAAUUAGAUUUGUUUCUCAAAUCAACGCGCCACACGCGCCGCCAAAUUGCAACCCAACUCUUAUCCUUUCGCAAAAUCUCGCCGUAAUCUCGCAAACCAUACCAUCUUCAUCCUCACCGGAAACCCAAAACCUCCUCAUAUUCACCUUUCUGCUCAGAAAUCGCACUCUCUCCUUUUCACCAUCGUCAUCAACCAUCGCAAGAACAUAACGUCACCGUUUCCUCUUCACCAUCUCCGUCGAGUUGGUGCGUUUCAUCUUCAAACAUCAUCAUUCAUCAUUCACCGUCGUUCAACAUUCAUCACUGAACGAACCAAGCAAUGAAAAGAAAACAGGUUGAAAAAUCUAAGGUUGUAGACGCACCAACCUUCAGCCUUGGACUAACACAGUCCGAUGACUCAAAGGCUUCAUCAUCGCGUCCUUCUAGACAACUGAAGGGGAAAAUAGAACAGACAAAAGCGAAUGAAAAGAAGCAGUAUAAAAAAACUGUGCAUCAACAAAAUGAUGAAGGAAGUUCAGAUGAUGGUGAAAAAGUAAAGGGGAAAAAGCGGAAGGAAGUUACUGAGCCUGAUCAGAGGUUGAGGCACAAAAUGAGUAUUCCUAAGGUCUACAUCCUUAUGCAAUCCGUGAAUACAAAAAAAUUUAAAAAGAAGAUAGUUGAGGAAUUGAAUCAAUUUGGGUUUGGAGGAAUGUUGCACAUAUGCAACUGGACUAGGAUCCACACAUUCUUUGUGGAUUGGAUAGUGAAUAAUUUUGAGAAAGAUCACAUGUGGAUCAGAUUGAGAAACACAGAGGUGCUCGAAUUGAAACAGGAUGACGUCCACCGCGUCUAUGAGCUUCCAAUGGUGGGAAAGAAGAUAAACACCGAUCUUUGCUCGGAUGCAGCGAUAAAUAGGUUGAGGAGAGAAUUAGGACUGACCGAAAAUUCUUCUCCAUUUGUGAAGGUGGUAGAAUUGGAGAGAGUAUUGAAUACAACUGAGAAAGCAACCGCUUGGGUGAAGGGUGCAAUAUGUUACAUAAUUCACAACCUAUUGUGCCCCACUAACCAUAGCGAUGUAUCUCUACAGUAUGCCCACAUAUUAGUAGAUGCAGCCACCGCAUUAUCCCACAAUUGGUGCUCACACAUCCUUGAGUAUAUGAAAGAAGGCCUCCAAAGUCCAGGAGUUGCAAAUCCGUUGGCGGAUUUUCACUUCCUCAUGAUUAACUACUUGGAUAAAAUGGGGAAGAGAAGCCCAUUUCUGACUGGGAAAUACAAGCACCCAUCACUUCGUGAUUGGGAUGUGAAGAUGGCAAACCAAGAUCUUCAGAAGGUCUAUGAUGUUAUGGGACUCGAGAAUGGAUUGACAGCUGGGGUCACACGACUGAAUGCCACUAAUGAAGGACCGGUAGUAUUGGGUUUUGAUGCUGAUACAUGUCCACUAUCUAAGGGAGACAAAAAGGAGGAGAAAUCUGAUGAAAUGGAGGAAGAGAAAAAUGAUGAGAAGAAGGAUAAGAAAGGCGAUGAGGAGAAGUAUGAGGAGAAAGAUGAGAAGAAGGAUGAGGCAAAUGAGACAAAGGAUGUGGGAUGUGGAGUUGAUAAAAAAAAUGAUGAGCAUCCAAGUAGUGAAGAAGAAGAGUUUGAUGUAGAUAUGGAAUUUUUUGAUGCCCCUGAAGGUUCAAGAAGUAAAAAAGAAGAUCCAAUGAAGGAGCAGAAGGAUCCGGUGGAGGAGCAGCAGGAUAUUAUAGAGCCAACACCCUUACGAAUUGUGUUGCCAGAUCAAAUUAUAGACCUGGGUCAAGAGGUCACCACGAAGCCAAAAAGGAGGAAGAAUCAAGUCAUGGAGGAUCGUACAUACCUUGACCGUAGACGAGCAGUCAAAAAAUCAAAGUACUUAACAAGUCCUUAUGAUGAUGCUGUUUAUGAGUCAACUGCAUCUAAGUUGCAGAAAGACGUAUCCACCUUUGCUUGGAGCACUGCACUUGAUAAGUCGGAAAUUCUCUACUGCUCUGGAUUUCAUAAAUUCUCUCUUCAACGAUGUGAUUUGUGGACCCUAAACAAGGAUGAAUGGGUGGAUUGCUUUGUUGUCAACAGUUGGGUGAAUUGCUUGAAUUGGGACCAACGUAACGGAGUAAUGAGAAGGCUAGUUACACGAUAUGUCAAUCAUGAAAACUUGGAAAGACCCGGUGCAUUGGAAAUGGAUCAAGCAAGUGCAUUCGAAAGCUUUGUUAACAAGCUUAAAUGGUUCAAAUACCUGAAUUGGAAGAAAAUUGACCCCACUAAACUAGAAUACAUCAUGACACCAGCACUCAUUGGUAAUCCAGGAAGUCACUAUGUGUGCUUUGUUGUUAAUUUCAAAAGCUGCACAUUCCAGUUCUUGAAUAGCAUUAAUGGAGAGAGGUUCCUUGUGAAGUCAGGAGAACCAACCACUUACAAGAAGAUGUUUGAUGUCUGGUUUAAGGAAGUCGAGGCAUUUGUCAUAGAAUUGUAUAAGCAUUGGAAACUGACAAUUCCUUUCGACUUCAGCAAAUUUAAGUGGGAAACUCCCAAAAUGCCAAGUCAACCAGACAAAGACAAUUGCGGAGUUUUCUGCAUGAAGUUCCUAGCUGAAUGGGAAGGUGACAGUAAGACCUCAAUGGACUCUUUCAAAAAUUGGAACAAACUCAAAAAGCAAGACAAAGUGGCAAAGCUAAUGGAUUUGAGGAUUGAAAUAUGCUCCACACUUUUAACUCACAGCAGCAAUUCAAAAGUGGAAUAUGUGGUAAACCAAGCAGCUUCUUACUAUGAAGAAAUGGCUCAAAAGCUGCAACAUGAUGUCUAGGUUCUGACUAGGAUGAAAAUUUUUUAUGUAUUCAUUGUUCAGUCUAUGACAUGUGAGUUGGUGUAUGAAGAAUUGGUGGUUCAUGUCUUAAUUCUCAAUUUGGUGGAGAAGGCAUAUUUCACAUAUACAUGAUGUAAUGGUUUCAACAGUUUUUGGAAUAGACAACUUAUCAACGCAAGUAAUGUAUAUGAAGGCAUAUUUUAUCAACUCAGUUUUUGAAAUAGGU